AUGCAAACUGCGGUCAAACCCCGCUCGCGUGCCGCAACCCUGAUAAUGGUCUCUUGGCUCGGGUAUUGGCGGGUGAACUCGAGGAUCCUGCUGCAAGUGAGUGAAGACCUACGAACUUCGAGCCUCGACGAACCACUCAGUCCAGAAGAUCAGGAAUUCCUUGGCAACACCCCCAAUACGACGACACACGGUCAGCUAUUAUUUAUCGAGGAAGUUGCGCCCAACACGACACUGGCGCCACCCGAAACAACAAUCCCGCCAGCAGUGACUAUACCCAAAGAUCUGACGGCAGAUCUCCCACCGUGGCUGCAGGAAUAUGCCCAGUGGCAUCGACAACAACGUGCUCGAAUCAAUGAACACAACUGGAAGUCCAAACGCAACAAUUAUCUCAUUGUCACUGCCAGACGAGGUCAGCAAGCCGGAGGAUUGACCGAUCGAUUGAAACCCCUUCCUCAUUUCCUCAAAUUGGCGGCCAAAACCAAUCGAAUCUUGUUGAUUUACUGGAACAAACCCUUUUCAUUGGAGCAUUAUCUGUUGCCACCCGACGGUGGAUUGGAUUGGCGUGUUCCCUUUUAUAUGGUGGAGGAAAUUGUUGUCAAAUCCAGAAUCACCGCACGACAAGAAGAUAUUCGAAGCAAGGCACACAACAAAAGGUUCCAAAUCGUCGCCACGGGAAUGCAAGCACCCGACUAUGGUCAAGACUGGUAUGAUGCAACCCCCUUGGAGGGCGAUGAACUGCUCAUACAAUCGCAUUGCCAUUUUUCGACACAUGUGGUACUGGGCAUUCACUCCAUCCCCUCCCAUUGCACAGCGUGUCAAGGACAAUUUUGA